CAGUUUUUUUGUCUUGACAAGCAUGCUUUUAAUUGAUUCUAAAUUAAAAACAUUUUCAACUUUAAGUUUGACAAUUAAUAAAUAUGACAUCGAAAUCACAGAUAAAUAUUUCAAAUAGUUUUUAUGGUAAUUCAACGUCAUCAUUGAUGGUCAAAGAAUUUCCAUCAAAACUUCCAUAUCGUAUUAUUGAAGCUUUUUCGACAUCAAAUUUAACAUCAAAAAAUUUGACUGCACGAAUUUCUCACGAUGGCUGGGCUUGGUUCGUUGUUGGACGUAAAUUAUUCAUUUGGCGAUAUCUGGACGAUGUGGUUGCCAAUAAACCGAAAGCCACCAAAUGUUAUGAAUUACUAUUACCAGCUAGUGAUAUUGCUCACAAAGCCGAACUAGUUUGUGUAUCUAAUUCGAUGACCCAAUAUCAACAACAGCAACAUAGUCGUUUUCCUAGUGCUAUCGCUGUAAGCCCUGAAGGUUCAAUCCGAUAUUGGCCGAAUAUAUUUCAAGAAAAUAAUGUUUAUGAUACGGUCGUUGGUGCCGAUUUGAACGGUCAAGAAUGUCAGAUUUUGUUAGAUAUUUGUCCACUUGGAUGUGUACUAGGUACGACUACAAAUUCAUUAGCUCAUAUUUAUAUUGAUGAUCGAACACGUCAAGAACCAAAUCAAUCACCAAUUGUAUGCCGCACGUUGAAAGUUCCACAAGGUUUAUUCUCUGGAAUCGGUCGAAAAUUUAGCUCAUUCAUUUAUGGAUCUUUACCAACUGCAAAUUAUUCUGCUGAAUCCCGCCAAAUUUUACGCAUUAUUCGUAAUAAACCAGUAGAUGAUAAUGAUGAUGUUUUACCAGUUUUCAUUCUAGCUUUGCACAAUUGUUCCAUUCAAAAAUGGAUUAUUGAAGAUUAUGAUGGUGAAAAUUUUUGCGGUCGAAUUGAUUUAGAAAAACAUCUAAAAGAAGCUUUCAUCACAAAAUUUUGGGAUCGUACAACAACACAUCAUAAUCAGAUUUCCAUUUGGAUCAUGGAUAUUGCAUUGAAUCGAUUUAAUGAGAUAAUUUUGUUGGUCAUGUGUAACAAUUCCGAUGUGCCAAAUGAUAAUCAUUUUGCUUUAUUUUCAUUAAUACCGGAUCUAUUUCCUUUGGAUGGAUCGUCUCUUGAUUCUCAAAACUCCAUUUCACUUAUAAAAUCUGCUCGAUAUUUGACCGAUAUUUGUUUAUCAAGUAAUGAACUUUUCCCACAAACACGUUCAACAUCAGCAUCUUUGUCACAAAAUCGUCCAUUUAAUCUUAUUACAAUGAAGCAUUCACAAGUUUGCUAUAUUUUUAAUUCAAAUUGUAUUUAUAAGGUCAAUCUCAACAAUCAAGAUCGCAGUGAAAAAAUUGAUUUCGAAUCCACGAAUGACUUUAUAUUCGGCGCAACUGUAAUUGAUCAAAAUCUUCUAUUAUUGACUUUUAAAAAUGGAUUCCUAUCCGUUGAAUGUCGAACAACAGAUUUGAUUGCUUCAAAACAAUUAUCAGCAUCAGAUCGAGAAUUUAUACAAUCUAAUCAAACAGAUAAAUUAUCUCUACUAAAGCGAGCAUUACAAUUUUUUAUGAAAGAUGAUAAAACGCAUGCUGAACUACUUGUACAUGAAAUGUUUCCGUUCAUUCGAUCACAACCAGCAACCGAAUUGAAGCAACCAACAAAUACAAUGGAAUUAGAUGCGACUGUUUGUGCACUUAGUACCGAUAUCUGUGACCAAAUACCACACGCCGAUCCAAGAUGGUCAACUUUUAUUGAUGCUGAAAAUUGUUUGGAUAUUCAGCAUCCUAAUCAACAACAACAUCAAGAAACUCAUGGUUCCGUGAUCAUUGGAACGCAAUUAGAAGAAAAAAUGUUGACACAUAAUUCAUUCAUAGAAUUGCUUAAAAGAACAGGCAUUUGGGAUUCAUUAACAUCAUUGACAAAUUUUAAAUCUAUUUUUCCAACUAAAUUGAUUCUUUGUGAACAUUCAGAAAAAUUGCUAGUCUGUAUGGCACUUUGGAAAUUGCAUUCACAUUAUGGUAUUAUUCUUGUGAAUGCGAUUAAAAAAGUUUUGGAAAAAAGAAAAAAUGCCGGAAUGAUGAAAGGAUUCGAAUCACAUAGUCAUCUAACUAAUCAAGAUUUAUUCUAUCGUGAAGUUACCAAAGUAGAUGAAUUAUUCUGGCAACUCAUCGAAAUGGAAGAAACACAAUCCCAAAUCGAGCAUACAUAUGAUGAAAGAUUAAUCAUUUCCAUUACGGAUAUAAUGACUACAGUGUUCGCUGAAGUAUGUCGAUAUCGACAAAUUAAUGGUGUCAUUUAUCAAACGGCAGUAGUCGCCGAUUGUGAUUAUGUACCAUGGUCAUCUGAACAACGAAUAACCGGUGUUCGAGAUGUAUGGAUCAAACAAUUCGAUUUAAUCAUUCGAUGUUUCCGAGUCGAUGCUCAAUGUCAUAUGAUUGGUGAUGAAGAUAAAUGGAUUUUAGUUGGACAAAAGCUUGCCGAUUUAGCCGAUAUUAUUCUUGAUAGUUUUGUUUGUCAACUUCGUUACCUUAAUCCAGCAAACGAGAAAUUCGCUACACUACGUCGAGCUUUUGAAAUGACUCGAUAUAAAUGUCUUGAGCCAUUGCUUCGAAUAAAACAACAUGAUCGUGCGGCUGAAUUAGCUGAAAAAUAUGAAGAUUUUGAUAUACUUAUUAAACUGUGUGAAGCAUUAGAUAAUCAAGAACAGCUUAAACAUUAUUCACAACGUUUUGCCGAAAAAGGAUUUGCCGAAUAUCUAUUUGAAUGGUAUUUGAAAGAAGGCAAACAAGGUAAAAUGUUAUCAUCAUCGACGACAGCUAAUAAUCAGAAAUUGGAUGCUUUUCUAUCCAAUCAUGAUUCAUUAAAAUGGUUACAUCAAUUGCAUUCACGUCGAUAUAAAGAUGCUAGUUCAACAUUGAAAAAACUUGGUUUAUUAGAAGAAAAUUGUGUUGCAAGGCGUAAAACUAUGCUUAGCAUCGGUAAAUUAGCAUUGAUUACCAGUGGUGAUACAAACUAUUCAGAUUUUGAUGAUCAACUUCGAUUUCUUCAAUAUCAAUCCGAUCUUUCGGAUUCUUUGUUACGAAAAAACGAUCUUGAUCGUAAAACAAUGCCCGUUUUGUCACCCAAACAAUUGGUUGAUAUUUUGAUUUCAGGUGCCGAAGGUCCAAAUGAAGAUUUAAAAAAUUUUCAAAAAGCACUUGAAAUUGCUGAAAUUAUUGAACGUCGAUAUUCAAUCGAUCUACAUCGACAGAUUUUGUUUAAAAUUUGGCAAAAAGCAUUCGAAAAAGAUGAAUGGAGCGAAUAUUGUACCGAUAACUUGGAAUUGUUUAUUAAAAAAUCGUUUUUCUAUCAAUUGGCAAUCACUUAUUAUGGAGACGAAUCAAAAAAAUUGCCCGAUAUUGAAGCAUUGGCUGAAAAUUUUUCAUUGGUCAAAGAAAAUCAAAAAGCUGCUUAUUUCCUACGUGCCGCAUAUGAAAUGAUUCUAUAGAAUCAAGUAAUAAUAAUUAAAUUAUCAACAAUUAUUGAUUAUCAUUUCUUUUCCAAAGCACGGCAUUAUGUUCAUAAUUUUAUUGAAUGUGCCUUUAAAUCUAAUUUAGAAU